AUUUGACUUGCGGUUAUGAUUUGUCUGUUGUAUGAAGUGUUAAGUGUUUCGGAUAAUUCGUUGCUUCGUGCGAUGAGUUCCUCAACUUUGAGUAAAUUUUCAGGACAUAUCAUGGAAACCUCAAAUGUGUUUUCCAAAAGGUCCUUAUAUAGUGGUAAAACUACGUACAAUUAGUUCUAGAAUCGGCCUUUUUAGUCUUGACCUUAACAAAAAUGGGAUGGAAAUUGACAUUUUUCAUUAUGCAAUGGGGGAUGAGGGGAGUUCGCUCAUUCAGUGUUAACACUGGAUGGGUUACAUAGUUCAACGCAAAAUGAAGAUUAAUGUGGAAAUUUGAUUUGUGGACAGUCUUUGAGCAAUGUGAAGAAAGUGUUCCGGGUAGUUAUACCAAUCGAGCGAGGUUUAGUUUUUGGACGAAUCGCAACUGAAACUUGGUCUCUUUUUCAACAAGCAAAUUCAAUGACAUUUCCAAUUUGUACAGAAAGUAAUCACGCUCCAUUUAAAGAUCAGAUUGACGAUGAGACCGUAAUGUUUGAUCUGGACAUGAGCGUGGAUACUUUGCCUGAUACACCCCUAAAGAAUGAUGAUGGUGACUCGGACACACAAAAGACUCGGACGAAUCAGUCCAGUAAUUCUCUUUCCGCGACUCCUUCGAGACGUGAAAGUAAAAUGAAGUCAGAUAUGUCUCGUUCUACUUCCAUCUCAGGACUUACUGAUAAUGUUAACUUGGAGGACAUUUAUGAGUACGACUGGGCUGAUAGUGAUUCUGAAUCACCUGGUGGAAAACAUGAAAAGGAGUCAUACAUAGUUCAAGAAGUUCUUGCUGACUUUUUAAAGGUUAAAUCUUUUAAACGCAAGUACCCUGAUCUAGCUAGGCGCGCUAUGGAUGCUUAUGAACGAUCGUGGUUGCAACAAGAGGGGAUUGUUCCCGUUGGUCGUGCAGACCUUGGUCUCACAGCACUCAAAACUGAUGAUGUUAUGAAGCUUUUGCAACAGGAUUACCCAGAGAUACACAUUGCUCUCACGGAUUUGUUUCGUCGACGAAAAUUUAAAAUGGCUGUCGAGAAUCAAAAGCGUCAGUAUGAAGCUGCUCGUAUUGAACGUGGAGAGGCUCGAGCUGAAGCAGCUCGCAGACGAGCGUUAGAUUCUGCUGCCGAUUACAAUCAUCGCUUGAUUACCGAACGUAUGAGUUCAAGACGUUGUUAUUGGGAUUUACAGACAAUGCAAAUUCACAUUCCCCAGAGAAUUUAUAAGUUAUUAGAAUACCCAACUUUUCCCAAUGGUGCAUAUCCUGUGGCAGUCAUACCUGGACAGUUUGCAGAAUAUUUUAUGAGCUAUACUCCUGAACAGUUAUCAUACCUUCCAUUAUCGCGUGUUUUAUAUCCACAUCCACUACGAAAACAUAGAAAUCCACCUCCUCUCCCCACAACACUUCGAUUUGGUUCGAUUAAGCCGAAAGUCAAUCCACCUACUAUGACCUCUUGUGAUUUCGGUGAUCAAAAUUCAUUUGGUUUAGACCAUUCUAGAUCUAUUGACUCUUUAAACCAUCAAACCACAAGCUCAAUGGAAGGUCUUCGGACUAGAUAUGCAAACGGAUCACUAUUAUCAAGUGGUGUUGCUAAUUCAAACAUGUUAGUUGGUGAUAAAUCAUCGGUUUCUGAUGUAGAAACGGAUAAAAUCAGUAAUUCGAUAUAUCGACGAUAUAAAACAAAUACAGAAAUAAAUACAGAAAAUCCUAUUUGUGUUGUAUGUGGCCAAUUAGCUAUGAAUUAUAUACGUUGUUCUGAGUGUAAAUUAAUUGGUCAUCCAAAAUGUUUGGAUAUACCUGAUUCUAUGCUAUCAGGUGUGAAAAGCUAUGAUUGGACAUGUUUAGAGUGUAAACGGUGUGUGGAAUGUAAUGAUUCAGGUCAAGAAGAUCAAAUGAUGUUUUGCGAUCGUUGUGAUAGGGGUUAUCAUGCAUUUUGUGUUGGUUUAGGACGAAUUCCUAAUGGAAAUUGGGAAUGUUUAUUAUGUGAAUCAUUGCCAACUCCGCCUAGGAAAGGACGUCCUAGAAAAAAUAGACCUAAAGACUCGGAUGAUUUACCAUGGGGUUAUAGUGUGAAGAAACCACGUAAAUCAAUAUUGAAGCGGAAAAUUUGUCAAACACCAGGUGUCAAUGAUACCAAAGACACAUCUUUAGCAUAUAGUUCUUAUCCAUACGGUAGCGUCCAACCAAUAGUCCCUGGUGCUGAAUUAGUACCUAAACGACGUCGAGGCCGUCCUCCGACAAAAAAUCGCGUUAUUGUAUCUCUUCCACCCCGUCUUCUCCAUAUUUUUCGAAUCCAAUCAACUUUAGUCCUACUCGUUCAGAUGUUUCUGUGCCCCUACCAACCUCUCCACCUACACCAUUAUCGAUCAAAGUAUCUAUGAUUGAAAGUGAACCUUCAGGACUAUGUCCAGUUAACGCCAUUCCAACUAAAAUAGAAUCCUUUGUUGCGGAAAAAGUUGAUAUUUCCGAAAAGUCUGAACAUUUAAAACCGGAUAACAAUGAUAGUAUUAUUAAUAAUAGCAGUACGGUCGAUAAAACUGAAAAUGACAUUGUGAAACAUGUUGGUGAAAUGCAGAUUCCUUCUUCAACAAAUUCAUCUGAAUCAAAUAAUAUUGAAAACUGAUUAUUCAUUUAAACUGUUAACCAUCUUUACCCUCCAUACUUUGUAUAUUUAUCCAUUGUACUUAAAAGCCCUAGUUUCAUUUUUAAUGACUAGUUUAAGUUAUCUUUCUUUCCGUGUAUUUGUAAUAAUGAAAUUUAUAUUCUAUAUUUCAAAUAUGUUUGAAUUUCUGAAAUAUAUUUAUUGUUA